AAUGAAUGCAACUAUGUCAACAGCGCUAAACAUCCAGUUCCUCAUGGUGAGUAUUGCUGAAAUGUUCGAAGACGGCCUCCUAAGGAUUUAUGAUGCCAAAGUCGCCAUGCUAAUACUAUUGAAUCUGAAAUGACGUGUCUGUGUUUCACAGGUGGCUUGUGUGAUGGGGCUUGUUUUGAUAUCAUUUGGAGCUGAGGGAGCACCUUCUAAACAUCUUCCGAAGAAAGGAAACCACAAGUCAUCAGAAGAAUCGGAGCCAUCAUCAUCAUACCGGUUGAUCUUGGACCCAGAGUUCAAAUCCCCGGCCAGCCCAAACCUUCCUAUAAACAACGACUCCAUCUCUCCAUGGACCUACACGUUUCUGCAGGAUGAGAGCCUGUACCCUUCGAACAUCGCAGUGGCGAAGUGUUCACUGACUGGAUGUCUGAUAGAUGGCACUGAGGACCAGGAUUUCCAGUCCAAACCUAUUUACACCCAAAUCAUGGUCUUGAGGAAAAUUCGAGGAGAGAAGCACAACUAUUCCUUGAGACUGGAGUACAAGACCAUCGCAGUGGGAUGCACCUGCGUCCGUCCAUAUGUACAACAUGUUUAAAAUCUGAGAGCUUAUGGAGUUACAAUACUGUAGAUGUUUGAUCAUUAGCGUUACAGCGUUACAA